GAGUACACCAUGCACGGGGACAUCGUGACAAGGGAGUUUCUUAGCGAUUUGGGUUGCCCAGGCCACCGAGCGUGGUUGAAUCUGGCGCUGCUGGGGCUCAACAUGAUGUAUGGACGGUAUGACCCAAGCCGGAGGGUCACCUGUGCCUCGGCGGUGGCCGCGACCCCGGCAUCCAGAGCACAGUGCCGUGCCAUCGAGCUGUUGUUGCGAAAGGUCAAGUACUUCAUCAAAUUGGGCUCGACAGUGCCGGAUUUGGACGGGGAUCAUGUCCUCAAGUCCGCCAGGAUCGCUUACGACGGCUCGCUGGUGGAGAGGGCGCAGCGGCUCUCCUGGACCCAAAUGCUGCCAGCGCUCCCCAGCGCACAGCAUUGCGCGAGCAUCCCGUCGGAGGAGUUCGCCGAGGGACCCACUAAGGAGUUCUCGGAGAAGCCGCAGCUGUGCCUGAAGGACGUCAGCGACUUGGCGCGCCCCCCGAAGGCUGGGGCACUCCUGAUCCAGCCUGGUGAGGACCUGGUCAUCGCCAAGGAGCUGCUGACCAGGGGGCUCUGCGUGGCCCUCGAGGCAGACGAGUGGAUCAAGGUUGGCGAUGGGUACCUGCUCAACGGUGUUUUCGGGGUGUCUAAGGGUACCGUGGUCGGCGAAGAGGGCGGCCGAUGGGCUGGACGGGAUGUUCUGCGUUGUAUCAUGAAUUUGACGGCCUCGAACGGUGUCCAGGAGUUGUCUAGCUGGGCGCCUUUGUUCGCCUUCGACUGGUGCUACGACGCCCACCAGCUCGGUUUGAAGGGCAGCGGGAAGAGGUGGCUGGCGUCCACCACUUUGCCGAUGGGCUGGAAGUCCGCGAUGGGCGUGGUCCAGCACCCCCACCGGAGACUGCUCAUGAGGCGAGCGCUAUGGCAGGUCUAUGCUGACGACUUUGACAUGCCCGAGUUGUUCUACAACCAGGUUCACCUGGAAGCGGGGCGUGCCGCCGGGCCACAUGUGUUCUACAAGGCAACGCAGGAGAGGUACAGGCUCGAGCACAUCCCCACUUCCUCGGACAAGGCUGGUGACCGCGAGCAGGUCGCCAAGCGCCUGGGGGCCUUGAUCGACGGCCACGCUGGAAUCAUUGGGCCCGACGGCGAUCGCGUGGCCAGGCUCCUGGGCAUGACGCAGUUCGUUUUGAGUCGCUCGCAUUGUCGGGCCAAGGUGCUGCAGGUGCUUGGCGGCCACUGGACGCACAUCUUCCAGUUCAGAAGGGAAGCGUCCAGCCUGCUGGUGCACUUUUGGCCGUUGCUGAGGCGCGCGCUCCAGAAGGGCAGCGUUGAGCUUUGCCCGCUGGUCAGAAACGAGCUGCAUCUGUGCAUGUUCGUGCUGCCCCUGACGGCCUUCAACCUCAGGGCCCCCAUCGUUAGCACCUUGACGGCGUCCGACGCGUGCGAAGACGGCGGCGGGGUAUGCGCCACGAGGGGGCUGACGCCUUACGGCGUUACCGCCGUCGCUCGUGACAUCGUGCUUCAGAGUAGGGGGCCUUUCGACAAAGUAGGCCUCGUCGAACUGUGCGGCGGCAUCGGGGGGGCAAGGCAGGCGCUCCACCUCCUGGGCGUUACGCCCGCCAUGUACGCUUACAGCGAGAUCGACGAGGCUGCGAUCAGGGUCGUCAAGUCGCAGUGGCCGGAUGUCGUCGAGUUAGGCCAGGUGGGACUCAUCAGCGACACCGUGCUGGCUCCCUUGAGGAGGAGGUUCGGGGGCAUCGAACUGCUCAUCGUGGCAGUGGGAAGCCCAUGCCAGGACCCGCAGGGACUGAGGUCAAGUUUGUCGGGGCAAGUUGUGGCGGCUAUGCAGGCGAUCCAGGAGACGUUCACAAGCUGCAGGGUGGCGCGGCUGACCGAGAACAUCCAGUGCAUGUCGGAGGAGUCCAGGGAGGCGUUCACCGCGCUGCUGGGGACGCAGCCACUGGCUCUCUGCCCCGGGAAGGCGGGCCCUGUUCGGAGGCCUAAGUAUUUUUGGUGCGACUGGAGAAUCUCAGCGUGCCACUUAUCACACUUCGUGGACGAGCCGUGGGGCAUGGUCGACUGUGUGGAGGCGCUCUGGCCCGCCUCGACGGCGCAAUUAGAGCCAGGGGCUGCGAGACCAGAGUGCGAGGGGCAGCCUUUCGCCUCGUUCAGCAGAGCGACCAAGAGAAGGACGCCACCACCGCAUCCGGAAGGCUUGGACGGGUGCGACGAGGCUACGGUGGAAAGGUGGCGGGUCGACCAAUACCGCUACUCGCCAUGGCAAUACACGGAAGCCAAUUGUGUGCGCUCUAAGGGCGCACGUGCCCCAGGCACUGGGACCUUGCGCACGCUGGUUGCCAACGAGCGCGAGUCGAUGAUGGGCUACCCCAAGGGCUACACCCCAAGGGCUCUAAGGCAGAAUGACAAAGGCAAGGCGAAGCUCCUGGAGGACACGAGGUGUGCGUUGAUCGGCAACAGCUUCCAUGCGCCCAGCGUGGCUUGGCUCCUCGAGUCGCUUCUGCACGAGGAGAACUACGUCGUUGCUAGGCCCGACUUUGCCUGCUGCUGGGGCGUGCUGCCGAAGGAGCAGCUUGCCGCCUCCUUGGCGCGCGAAGGGGUGGUGCCUACGAAGGAGGCCAUGGAGCAGGAGGCCGUCGCCCUGCUUCACCGCAGUGCCAUGUUCAAAGGUUCGGACGUCAGAUUGGCAGGUCAAAAUGUCCUCAACCCAGGGCUGUGGCCUCGGAAGGACAUUUCGCCAGACAGAUGA